GCUGUCAGGCUGUCUAGUGGAGAGGCUGGGACAGACAGCUUCCCCUGGCUUGGCCACGCAGAGCUCCGGCCCCGAAAAUUCACUAGAAAAUCUGUUAGAAUAUAUUUAGGAACGCCAGCUGAGAUAAUGUAAUGCUUCAGGGGCGUAAGCAAAGAGGGACCUUUACACAUUUAUAUGCUCUGAGUCUGGAGUGACGACUGCUCACUGCUAGCUAACCUGCUAGCUAGCCUAGCUCGACCCCGCUAGUCUCGUCGGUGUCGCCUCUCCGGUGUGAGCUGAGGCCACUCAGUCCUUGUCGCUGUCGCAGCUUCCGUUGCUGUCAACCGGUAUUUUGGAUAUUUGGUCUUAAGAGGGACACAAUGGGUGCAUUUCUGGACAAACCAAAGAUGGAAAAAUACAAUUCCCGUGGUGAGGGCAACGAACUGAGGUAUGGGCUGAGUAGCAUGCAGGGUUGGCGGGUAGAGAUGGAAGAUGCACACACAGCAGUAAUUGGUCUGCCUCAUGGUCUCGACCGCUGGUCAUUCUUUGCUGUUUAUGAUGGGCAUGCUGGGUCUCAGGUGGCCAAAUACUGCUGUGAGCACCUGCUGGAGCACAUCACCAGCAACUCAGACUUCCAGAGUGCUCUGCAGGAGGACCCCUCUGUGGACACCGUGAAGAUUGGGAUCCGCACAGGAUUCCUGCAGAUUGAUGAACACAUGCGAACCAUCUCCGAGAAGAAGCAUGGUGUGGACCGCAGUGGUUCCACUGCAGUGGGAGUGAUGAUUGCUCCGAGCCAUAUCUACUUUAUCAACUGUGGCGACUCACGGGGACUCCUCAGCCGGGGCGGAGCUGUGCACUUCUACACACAGGAUCACAAACCCAGCAACCCUAUGGAGAAGGAAAGGAUCCAGAAUGCCGGUGGUUCAGUCAUGAUCCAGCGAGUUAAUGGCUCUCUAGCUGUAUCUCGGGCUUUGGGAGACUUCGACUACAAGUGUGUGCAUGGAAAAGGCCCGACAGAGCAGCUUGUGUCUCCUGAGCCCGAGGUUUAUGCAAUAGAGAGAUGCGAGGGGGAAGAUGAAUUCAUUAUACUAGCCUGUGAUGGCAUCUGGGAUGUCAUGGCCAAUGAGGAAGUGUGUGACUUUGUCAGGUCAAGGCUAGAGGUGACAGAUGAUCUUGAAAGAGUCAGCAAUGAAAUUGUUGACACCUGCUUGUACAAGGGAAGUCGGGACAAUAUGAGUGUCGUGUUAAUCUGCUUUCCGGGGGCACCAAAGGUAUCUCCAGAAGCAGUGAAACGGGAGGCUGAGCUUGACAAAUAUCUGGAGGGCAGAGUAGAAGAGAUCAUCAAAAAGCAGGGGGAUGAAGGUGUCCCGGAUUUGGUGCAUGUUAUGCGGACGUUAGCAUCUGAGAGCAUCCCUAACCUCCCUCCCGGAGGAGAGCUGGCAAGCAAACGAAGUGUUAUUGAAGCAGUGUACAACAAACUCAACCCCUACCGAAGUGAUGACACAGACUCUGCGUCCACAGACGACAUGUGGUAACACAACCUCCUACCACUAACACAGCAUAGAGUUUACAAACCACCAUCCUCUCAAGACCCACAGCAGCUCAGCUCAGCAGUCUGUCUCUCCGUCACUCUGAGCUUUUGGUUUCUAAGAAGGGAAUUUCAUGGGAGGAGAAGGAGGAGGAGGAGGAAGAAGAAGAGGAGUUGCAUGCACACAAACCUGGAAUAGUGCAGCACCAGUCCACUCUGGAGUUCAGGAUCCCCACCGUCUUGUCUCCCCCUUUAUGUUCACACACCUUAAUACUCCCCUCUAAAGUAAUCCAUAACAAGUGAGUCCCCAAGGUUUUCUUUCUUUUUGUUAAAUAAUCAGCUUAAGUAGUAAGAUUUUUUUUGCUGUAAUUAAUUUGAUUCACAUUUCCUUGUGUGUGUUUGUAUAUUUCUGUUUUUGUGAAGUGCAAUUGUCCUGUACAAACAGCCUGUAUUUAAUGCAGCUUGAUUUUAAGUUAAAAAAUGAAAGAAAUGAAAAAGAGAACCUUUUAUGCACUAUCUGCCUUUUCCUGCUCUUCUGGAAUUGUAACAAAUGUCUAUUCAGUGAAUAUUACUGCUUGUCCUCCAGGCACAAUGUCUCUGCGCUUUUACUUUCCUUUUUUUUUUUCAGUUAGUCUAUGCUCCUUUAAGAAACGGGUAAAUUGUAUAGUUGACAGCACAGUAAGCUCUCUAUAUCAAACCAUUUAAAUCCUAAUUAUUUUUUCCCUGUGCUUUUUUAUUGUAUUUUAUUUUUGUAAGUGGUUUUCUGUACAUGCUCAAAUAAUAAUGGCAAAGUGUUUCUCAGUCAUUUUGGAAGUUUGAAGUGAAAAAUAAUCCUUUUUUUUGUUGUUUUUCAUUUCGAGGCAUCUGAUGAAAAAAAAAGAGACCCCUGUUAACACGUUUGUCUGUGCGAAUAGAUACUUGCAAGCGUGCGUGGGUGCUUGUGUGUAUGUAUGUGCGCACGUGUGUCAGUGUAAAGGCAGAUUUGUAUGUGCAACUCUAAUUUAAAUUUGCUAUGGUGGUUCAGACAACAGACCAGACUGGAGUUUAAGGGAAUUGCUCUCCCAUUGCUUACCCAUCGUCUGCCCUUUUUUCAGCUGGUGUUCAUAUCAACCCGACACUGGCUUUCACUACUUCUUAUUCCAAAAAAUACACAGUUUACAUGCUGUUUCGCUGUUUGAACAACUUCAAGCUAUAUAUCAGAACUAUACAGCAACCUGAGAUGACACAAGUAGUUUAAUUUACCCAUGGUGUACAGUGCGUUGCAGCUAGUCAGCUCUAGACUAGUUUACACAUCUGUUGUGUCAUAUUUAAAUAUCAAUUUCUAAACAUACAUUGUUACCAGUGCCCUCUGUGGGUGCCAUAUGAUUUAUAAUCACUUGUUUCAGCUUUAUGACAGCCUAUGCCAAGUUUGUGUUUCAUGAGAUUCUUUUUCUUUUUUUUUUGUAUGUGGUACAGAUAGAUUUUUAGCUUCUACAUUUAACAUCUGAUCAUUUGACUGAUGUGAACGGUUUAAGCACUGACUAUUUUUUAGAAAAGAAAUCACCCAUUACCAGUCUGAUGAUAGGACAAACUGUAAGACUCACAAGGCUAUUUUUAUUCUUCACAUUAGCCGGACAUUCAAACCAAGAACAAAUCGGCUGACUGCAUUGUGUUCUCAUGGUUGUAUAGCACCUUUUUAUUCCCAUUUGGGUUUGCUCUGCCUAAAACUCUACCCCGCUGCACCACAAGCCAGAGCACAAAACAGUUUGCUGCUAUAGUGUAUGAUCUGUGGGUUGAUUUUUCUUUUUCUUUUUUUUCCCCCAGUUAAUUCCCCAUCUGAAAAGAUGAAUAGUCACUGACUAAAUCUGUAUUUAACACACACACACACAAUAGAUCUAUUUCUUGAAGAGAAAUGGUUUUAUUUCAGAUUUAUUUUCUGCCAUUUUUUUGUCUAAAAUUGCAUUGUUGGAAAUUUAUGUAUGUAUAUAUUUUUGACUUAAACUUUCAAGGAAUAAAUCAUGUCGCUUGAGUUA